AUGGCCAUGCACAAGUCGACGAGAUAUUUGAUAGCGGCCCUGCACCCGACGGUCAACCGCGUCAACAAGCUGCAUCGGUACUCCUCGUCGGUCAGCAAGUACGGGCUGCAGUUCAACGAGAAGCUGAUGGGCACGGGCACGGGCGCCCAGCAGGAGCAGCUCGUGGACGCAAACCAUGACGGCAAGCUGACGUUCGACGAGAUCGUCCAGGUUCUGGAGUUUGGCCAGUCGAAGUACAACGACACGAGCGAGGACAUCGUCGAGGAGAACAUGGACUUCUACAGGGAGGUGUACUCGAAAAAGGUGACGGAGCCGAAGUUCGCCAAGCUGACGUACAACGUGGUGUACGACGAGACGGGGCUGAAGCGGGUGCUGACGAAGGACGAGUAUCCGCGGGCGAACGCGACGCUGUUGACGCUGGUGAGAAACAAGGAGCUCAAGGCGAUUGUGCACACGAUCCGGCAGAUCGAGAAUACGUGGAACCACAACUUCCACUAUCCGUACACGUUCAUCGGCGACGAGGAGUUCACGCAGGAGUUCAAGGACACGGUCCGCAGACACUGUUCGGGCGAGGUGCAUUUCGAGAUCAUUCCGCCCGAGAUCUGGAACAAGCCGUCCGACAUCGACCCGGAGAAGGAAAAGGCCGGCAUCCAGAAGCUGAUCGAGAACGGCGUGCAGUACGCGGGCCUGGAGAGCUACCACAACAUGUGCCGCUUCAACUCUGGCUGGUUCUACCGGCUGGAGGGCCUCAAGAAGUUCAAGUGGUACUGGCGGUUCGAGCCCAACACAGACUACUACUGCUCGAUCGACUACGACAUCUUCAAGUUCAUGGAGGACAACGACAAAACGUACGGGUUCACGAUCUCGCUGUACGACGACCCGCUCACGGUGGAGACGCUGUGGCCGGUGACGCUGGACUUUGUGAAGAAGAACCCGCAGUACGUGCAUCCGAACGGCGCGUUUCGGUGGCUGACCGACUCGGUGCAGAACCCGGAGUACACCAAGCUAGCCAACGGGUACUCGACGUGCCACUUCUGGUCCAACUUCGAGAUCGCCAACAUGGACUUCUACCGGGGAGAAGCGUACUCGAGAUGGUUCGAUGCUCUGGAAGCCGCUGGCGGGUUCUACUACGAGAGAUGGGGGGACGCUCCCGUGCACUCCGUGGGGGUGGCGCUGUUCGAGGACAAGAGCAAGAUCCACUGGUUCCGCGACAUCGGCUACCACCACUCGCCGUACAAGUCGAUCCCCAACUCGGACAAGUGCACGGCGCCGGAGGACUCCGGCUACUUUGCGCCCGAGGACGUGCACCGCCAGAACUGUCUGCCGAACUGGAUCAAGUACGAGAUGACGCACAAGGAGCUGCAGCAGUACUAA